GCUCAAGACAGCGAAUACUUGCCCUGUCUGUCGCAAAAAGGUCAAGAAUUCUCCAAAAUGCCCAUAUAAGGCAAGCAUAAUGACAAGUGCGGGGGCUGGUGGGUCAGGGUCAAGAGAACCUGAAGUGGGAGCAAGUGGCAAUCACGGCCGGACAUCGAGCUCAGACUCUUCCUCUGGGGUUGUUGCCAUGCGUUUGAGUGAAUUAAUCAAUCGCGCUCGCCGAGGGUCUAAUGCCCAAUCAGGGAGUGGUACCCAACCACAAUCAUUGUCACGUGCCCAAACGAUUGUUGGUACUCCUACAGAGCCGGUGGCGACGUCAAGGUUUAAUGGUGGUGGAACUCAUUUCCAUCACCAUCAUCAUCACUAUCUUCACAUCCACCCACCACGUCCAGAGCAAUCCCAGGGUUCACAGUUCCUAGAUCCUUAUCAUCAACCUCCCAGCUCAACUGCCAGUGCAGCCCAGAGCAGUACGGGACCCCGCACUUUCCCAUCCGUCCAGAACGUCAGCGGACCUCGUCCUAAUGUGUCAAGUCGCCCAGCACUUUCACGCCCGACUUCCUGGUUUGGGUUGACAAAUCGAGCCACUCGUCGAGUGCCUGAAACAACGCAGGAUAGCGGCCCACAUUUCCCAUCUUCUCCAAUGGAAGUCGAUUAUGAAAUCGGAAGAACAGGCUUCAUAGGUGCGACUUCUGGUUUCCAUGAACCUGUGCCAGCUCCACGGAGCACCUUCGGAGCGCCUCCAUCGAGCGUCAUGUCUAGCGCAGUUUUUCCUCAAACCGCAGGCUCAUUGUCGUCGUCAUCGUCAUCAUCGUCGUCGUCAUCUACAUCUACUACAUCUAACAUACUAGAUUCAUACUCCCUGGCGACAGGUGAAUUGCAAUCUUUCCAUGGUACAACGCGGACCAACGUGGCCUCAUUGGGAAACCAACCUCACGGAACCGCACAUCCCAACAAUGCAGCUGCACAGCACUUUGGAUCUUUCAACAUGGAUGGCGGACUAGAUUCAAGAAGCAAUUCAACUCGCAGUGGCUAUGCGAGGCCGGGAGGACCUGGGACAUCUGGUCCUCCUCCAUGGUGGCGGUGAGCUGUGUCGUCGUAUAUGUCUUUUAUCUUCAAUGGUCUCCUACAUAUAAUAUCUAUUUUUGGUCAGGCUAUAGCAUCGCAUCACAACUUAUAUGGUUUGCACUGUACACAUGGAAUCAUGGAUGCAUGUACAUUCUCGCUUCUGCGCUACAUGUACCUGUAAAUCAACCAAAUCAAAUCCAAGUAUGUCUAGUCUUAGGUGUUAGUGAAUUUAGAGACGUAGCUCAUUGUAAAAUAUGCUCUGAUAUCAUGUUUCUGAUUCCUUGUAUCGAGCUCGUGCUCAAAUUCACUGUGUGGGACCGGCGAGUAGGUCUAGCAGUAGGUACUAAAGAUGCGAGAAUGUGGCCAAGUUGCAUCGG